UGGAAGUGUCGUCUGGCUUCCUUUGUUUUUCAACCCAGAGACGGAUCGCCACUUCCCCCCCCCCCCGCCCCCCGACGGUGAAAAUAUCUAUACCCAUGCACGACAACACACACAUCGACGACGACGCGACACACACUCGACCGUAAUUUGAGACGCCCUGCCCUCUGCUGCCGCGCGGGCCUGUGCAGGCAUGGAGCCCCUGACAGUAGACGAUGACAUCUGCAUCCUCAAGCACGAGACGGCGUACGGCGUGGCCGGGGAGAGCCCCGUGUCGGUGUGCGCCGGCGACGAGUCGGUGGCGUCGCACUUCGCCCUGGUGACGGCCUACGAGGACAUCAAGAAGCGCCUGAGGGACACGGAGAGGGAGAACACGCUGCUGAGGAAGAGGGUGAAGCAGCUGGAGGAUAAGCUCUUCAGGCCAGACGCCCCCCCAACCGAAGGCCCCCAGUACGUGAACAAGGCCUUCAGUGCUUACCGAGGCAUCUACAUCGAGAAGGAGGACCUGCAGCUGGAGCUCAACAAAGUGAAAAAGGAGCGGAGUGAGAGCGAGCGGCAGCUGAACGAGCAGCUCCAGGCCAGAGAGAUGGAGCUGCUCCAGCUGAGGACAGAGAUGGAGACCAGCCAAGGUACAGUGAUGAAGAGCCUGACCAGCCCCCAGGACUACUGGCAGGUGGAGGGGGCCAACAGCGAGCUGCAGAUCCACAAGCUGCAGCUGGAGCUGGAGAGGGUGACGCUGGAGAACGGCAAGCUGCUGGAGCGCUACGGGGAACCCCAUGGCCUCAACGGACCGGACUCUGAUCAGGACUCCGACGUGGCGUACAACAUAAGGGAGAGGGGCAUGCAGCAGAUGUACCAGGUGCUGUGCGGUGAGAUCUCCCGCCUCCACGCAGAACUCAAGCACCAAUCACGGCUGGUCAGGCAUCUCCGACCGCUGCUCAACGACAACCGAGAAGGUGCCUCCGCGCUCCCCAUCCAGUGCCUGGACGACGUGGAGAAGAACAACAACCACCACCGCCGCCGCCAGCACCCCCCCCCCCUGCUGCGGGUGUCCGUGCCUCACCCCCCCACCACCGCCUCCUCCGGCUCCAGCACCACCCCGGCCCUCGGGGCCCCGUCGGGCCCCCCGUUGCUGGACGGACUGCGCGAGGACUGCUGGUACAACGGGCCGUGGCCCGGACGUCCCAGCGCGGCCCCGCCCACCGCAGCCGCCGCCGGCACCAACACUGCCGGGGGCGCCGGCCCCGGCUGCGAGGCCCCCCCGGAGAGCGGGGACCCCAGCUCCGUGCUGCUGCCCCCCCCGCCCCUCAACCAGGCCUCCCUGGACGACAGCUCCCGCUCCUUCCCCAGCCCCCCCAAGCCCAGCGACGCCCUGUUCUGGGAGGGGCACUCUGCCGCCUCCGCCGCCGCCUCCAGCUCCUCCUCCUCCUCCAUAGGGAGCUGCACCCCGCGGAGCCCCCCCAACGCCGAGUGGGCCAAGCCCUACUGAGCCCCCCCCCCCCCCUCCCCGAGGGACAGAUGGGUGGGGCGAAGGAGAGGACGAGCGAACCAUGGGAUCCUUCGGCCCUGCCGCAUAGCUACCACCUCACCUGCCUUACGAUAAGAACAGUCCUCUUGACCAAACUGGAUUGAACUGGAUCCACGUUGCCGGAUAGGGGCAGGGGGGGGGGGGGGGGCUGUCAUGAGUCACUGCCCUUUGAACAUGGCUCCCCUUUGUGGUCGGUCUUUUCCCACCACGUCGGUUGGUGGGGAACACGUCUGACUUCUGACUGAUAAAAAGAACGAAGAAACUGGGUGUUAGGUCUGCGCGUGCAUUUUAUGUUGCGUGUGUGUAUGGGAGCCUCUAGGGUACGUGUGUGUGUGUGUGUGUGUGUGUGUGUGUGUGUGUGUGUGUGUGUGUGUGUGUGUGUGUGUGUGUGUGUGUGUGUGUGUGUGUGUGUGUGUGUGUGUGUGUGUGAGUCUAGAAUUAAGGGUGCUUCUAGUGUGUGUGUGCGUGCGUAUAUGGGUGCCUCUAGUGUGUGUGUGUGUGCGUGCGUAUAUGGGUGCCUCUAGUGUGCAUGUGCAGCUGUGUUUGUGUGUGUUUGUGUCUGUCUGCAUCUGUGUCUGUGUGUGGGUGCCUCUUGUGUGCGUGUGCAGCUCUGUGUGUGUGUAUAGGUGCCUCUUGUGUGCGUGUAUGGGUGCCUCUUGUGUGCACGUGCAGCUCUGCGCGGGGGCACCUCCUCGCCUGGCAGCGUCCACUCACCUAAUAAAUCUCGACAGGGCUCUACACGCCUCUCCAUCCAACGAAGGAUCUUAUAAUAGAGCUAGAACUUGUUGUUUUUUUUAACUAUAAACUCUGUACUCUCUCUCUCCAAUGUAAGUCUGUUUAUAUUGGACCGUUGUAAAGUAGAAAAGGGGGCUUGGCCUCCCGUGGUUGUUGGAUGCCCAUGUGAAGGAUGUUUUGUUUGCGUACCGUGGUGGCUAAUAUACAGUAAACCUUUUUAAGGGAAGAGCUUCAUUCCAAAGUGUAAGGAAGAAUUUAUUUAUUUAUUUUAAUCUUUUUUUAAUAGUUCCACACACUUUUUUCACUAGCUGGAUCAAGUAAAAAAAACGACCAAGGCAUGUUCAGGCCAAAAAAAAACAUGUUUGUUUUUUUGGGAACUAUAAUCUGAUUGACAUGUUUGUUCUAACAGAAGCCUUUUUUUGUAAUUUAUUUGUAAUUAUUAGAUAAUAAUCACCAAGGUGGUCAAUUUCAUCAAAAAACUGGAUGAAUUUCAACUUCAACCUCACUGGUACCAAAAAAAAACGACAAAAAUGUAAAAGAAUUCCAACAAUGGCUCAACUGUUUACACUUUCACAAAAUUCUACAUCUCAAGCCUCCUGAAUCUCAUGCCACACAUUUUACAUAAAUCUCUCAGCGCUGAUGUGGAACACCAUCAUGUGCGCUGUGGUUUUAUUUCUCUCUUCUUCUUUCGAGUGAAAUUGUAACGGGGACGUUGAGACGCAAGGCCUGGGUAUUUUAAAAGUUGUUUCGUGGUAGAAAAACUUACAUAUUUUGUGAUCGUAACCGAAAAGUAAAAACGGUUGAACUUAAACUUGAGUGUAUUGAAGGGUUGUCAUGCUGCACUGGAUUGUUAUCGCAUUUAUUUUAUUUUGCUUUCUCAGUGCUCCCACAAACCUUUUCGCUGUUGUGUAAUUACGAAAGUUCAUCAAGUAAAACUGUGUUUUGAAAGAAAUAAGAAAGAAUCUGGAAAGCGCUUGUAAUAAGCAAAACAAUCCUCGGACACAAUUGUAUGUACACUGCAACACUGGAACGAACAAAAAAGAGCCCAUCAAGUGUGAAUACCAUGUGAAGCCUUCAUGGGUAGUAUAGAAGGACAAGGUUUCAGUCAGUAUAUAGGGGAACACACCACAAAAACGUAUCGCAGUAAACUAUAUCAAUGUAUAUGACAGGCUUUUUAAAGUAUUUUUUAUGGUUUUGUUUCAUCCGCAAGGCCAGAUUUAUGUACUCCUCCAGACAAAUUGAUUUAGCCUAGCUGAACCACCAGCCCAACCACCCUCCAGAUUUUCAGUGUGUUCAAGAGUCGUCUGCCUUUUUGGGGGUGGGGGAAGUGGUGGGUGUGGGGAUGCCUGGUGAAUAUUCAACCUGUAUAGUAAUGUGAGCCAUGGCUUUGACACGUAGUGGGAGCGCGGAGCACACAAGUCUGUGGUUGUGAAAAGAGAUUAUCGUCUGCUUCUCCUUAGGUCCUCGACUCUGGUUUGUCACACGAUCAAUGAUUCCUUGAUUUUUAAAACGAAAAAUGUUCUUUUACAGCUGCGGCAGUUUCAUACUUCUGUGAACGAUUUGCAAACCAAAAUGCAAUGUACAGUAGACAUGGAUUAUAUUUUAGAAUUAUUGCACUCAGACUGUUUGUAAAUAUGGCAAACUAAAAGAAGGAAUUAAUGAGUGU